UUUUAUAUAAAAAAAUGAAAAGAAGAGAUAAGGUGUGCAGUGUUGUGAGCUGAAAUGAGUAGCUGUUUGGUUGCUCCACCACCAUGGCCAUGUUCAAGCAUGGCGGAAGCCAAGCAGCACCAUUCUCUCCUCCUCCGUCUGGGACUCUCUACCGACAACCACGCGGUGUCUGGCAUCUUCACCUUCUGCUCCCUCUCCAACCACGGCAACCUCAACUACGCCCUCAAACUCUUCACCACUCUUCCCAACCCCGACACCUUCCUCUACAACACUCUCUUCAAAGCCUUCUCCAUUUCCCACACCCCUUCCCUCUCCCUCCUCUUCUACUCCCACAUGCUGCAACGUUCCAUCGCACCCAACUCUUUCACCUUCCCCUCUCUCAUAAGGACCUGCAGACUCCAACAACAAGUUAAACAGCUCCAUGCACACGUUCUUAAAUUCGGGUUUGGAGCAGAUACCUUCGCUCUUAACAACUUGAUCCACGUGUAUUUCGCUUUUGGGUCCUUGGAUGAUGCCAGGAAGGUGUUUUACACCAUGCCUCAUCCAAAUGUCGUGUCUUGGACGAGCCUUGUUUCUGGGUACUCUCAGUGGGGACUCGUGGACGAGGCUUUUCGUGUUUUUGAACUCAUGCCUUCCAAGAAUGGCGUUUCUUGGAACGCCAUGAUUGCGUGUUUUGUCAAGAGCAACCGGUUUCGUGAGGCGUUUGAUUUGUUUCGGAGGAUGAGGGUGGAGGAGGUGGAGGUGGAUAGGUUUGUGGCUGCUACUAUGCUCUCUGCCUGCACGGGAGUGGGGGCAUUAGAGCAAGGGAAAUGGAUACAUGGAUGUGUUGAGAGGAAUGGGAUUCUGUUGGAUUCAAAGCUUGGCACAACUAUUGUUGACAUGUAUUGCAAGUGUGGUUGUUUGGACAAGGCGUUUCGAGUUUUUUGUGGUUUGGAAGUGAAAGGAGUUUCUUCAUGGAAUUGCAUGAUUGGGGGGUUUGCAAUGCAUGGCAAAGGAGAGGAUGCAAUUAGGCUUUUUAGGGAGAUGGAGGAAGAAGGAAUGGUUGUGCCUGAUGACAUCACUUUUGUGAAUGUUCUUACUGCUUGUGCUCAUUCGGGUUUGGUUGAGGAAGGGUUUUAUUACUUUAGCUACAUGGUUGAUGUUCAUGGCAUUGAACCCAGCAAGGAGCAUUACGGUUGCAUGGUUGAUUUGCUUGCCAGAGCUGGAAGGUUAGAGGAGGCGAAAAAGGUGAUAGAUGAGAUGCCUAUGAGUCCUGAUGCUGCUGUGUUGGGUGCACUUCUCGGAGCAUGUAGAAUUCAUGGGAAUUUGGAGUUGGGGGAGGAGGUAGGCGAGAGACUGAUUGAACUAGAUCCUGGAAAUAGUGGGCGAUACGUGAUACUAGGUAAUAUCUAUGCUAGUUGUGGAAAAUGGGAUGAAGUUGCUGGUGUGAGGAAAUUGAUGAAUGACAGGGGAGUGAAGAAGGAACCGGGAUUUUCCAUGAUAGAAAUGGAGGGAGUGGUGAAUGAAUUUGUUGCAGGGGGAAGAGAUCAUCCUCUGGCUGAGGCUUUAUAUGCUAAGGUUUAUGAGAUGUUGGAAGCAAUCAGGGUUGUUGAUUAUCUUCCUGAUACAGAUGGUGUGUUGCAUGAUCUUGUUGAGGAGGAAAGGGAGAAUCCUCUGUUCUACCACAGUGAAAAACUUGCAAUUGCUUAUGGUUUGUUGAAAACUAAACGAGGGGAGACCCUACGUGUCACCAAGAAUCUGAGGAUUUGUAAAGAUUGUCAUCAAGCAAGUAAACUGAUCUCGAAGGUUUAUGAUUGUGAUAUAAUAAUAAGGGAUAGAAAUCGUUUCCACCAUUUUAGUAAUGGAGAGUGUUCGUGUAGAGACUAUUGGUAACUACAACUGUGAUCAGUUACCGAGUUUUGUUCUUCUUUUCUUAAAAUGUAUAAAUCCUGUACAUUUCAUUUGAAUCCGAAAGCAAACAGUAUGUUUAACGUAUAUCUAUGCAUCUAAUCAUCAGUUAAG